AUAGGCACUCUUAACACCAUCAACUGCUGUUUACAACUCCAGUCUAAUCCGUGCCUCCCCACCCUGCACUGAAGAUGGUGUCAGGAGAUGUUUUUAGCACUUUCAGGAAAAGCAAGACUCUGAGAUCUUGCAUAAAAGUCUUCCUGUUUUCUAUAUUACUGCAAAUGAGUCUGCUCUCUAAUGUGUUGGGGGACACAUCGGAUAACACAACUACUUCUUACAGCUCAAUACUGACAUCUAUUUUAGUUCAAACCUCAACAUCUCCAACCAUGGGUCCAGACAGCUCAAGCACCUCCACUAUAACAGGACAGGCCACACCAGCCUCUGAAAUCACUGAUACUAGCAUGACUUCUGAAGCUUCCAGUUAUACACUGAACACUUCACCAAACCCCUCACCGAACAUCUCACCGAACCCCUCACUGAACACCUCACCGAACCCCUCACUGAACCCCUCACUGAACACCUCACCAAACACCUCACCGAACCCCUCACUGAACACCUCACCGAACCCCUCACUGAACACCUCACCGAACCCCUCAUCAAACACCUCACCGAACCCCUCAUCAAACACCUCACCAAACAGCAAUACACCUACUGUUCCUUCAGAUAGCACCAGUAUGAUCACAGCUUCAAGCAAUAGCUCAUUAAUGGGAAAUGACACAGUGCAGCUCUCCUGUCCAGAAUUUACUUGCACUACAAAUUGUUACACCCAGUUCAUGAAUGAGAUGGCAAAUCUUUGCCCAUCCAAUGCUUACUCCUGCGAGUUAACAAAACAGGACACAAGUUAUUCUGUAAACUGCAGUGCCUCCUGUGGAUUGUCCUGUGGGAAUGCGACUCUCAAUAAUUGCUCUGUGGACUGUUGCAACACAACAAACUGCCUCAAUACCACUCUGUUUGCCAUGACUAAUUCAGCCACUACAACAGGUACUACAACACAAGCCACUACUACAACCACAACCAUUAAAGUCACAGUUGCAACAACUCAAGCAAAUAACGGCAAGAAGUGUCAUAAUUUCACUUGUAAUGGGGUAUCGUGUUUCACCGGCUUUACCAACACCAUCAUGAUGUGUCCAAUUACUCAAGAUUACUGCAUGCUAAAAAAGACAACUUCCACAAAUGGAGAAACUUGGCAGGGCAGCUGCAGUACAGAUUGCAGAUUGCAGCAACCUUGCACAGCCUCAGUCAUUCCCUGCUACUUGGAGUGCUGCAAUGCCUCAACUACCAACUCCUGCCUCAAACUAUCAGGUCAACUGAACAUGCCCAGCUCCGCCACCAGGGGUACUCACUCUUCUGAACUGCUCAUGGCCUCUUUACUGCUCCUUUUGAUACUGAGAGGCCUUAUUUGAGGGUAACAGUCACAUUUAUGAAGCAAUUAAGGGAAGAGCCAUUUUCAGUUUAGGAGUGUAUCUGAGUGUGAAUGUGUUUCAAAGCUGAUUGUACUUCUUUUACUGUCAUUUUUACAUUAUUUUUGAUACAAGCAAAUUAAAAUGUGCAUGUGUGAUUCUAAAUGUGUGAGGUAGAAUGAGCAUGCGUGUACACUGAUCAGCCACAACAUUAAAACCACAUGCCUAAUAUUGUGCAUUCUGAGAUGCUAACAGAGGGGUUAUCUGAGUUACCAUGUACUUUGUCAGUUCGAGCCAGUCUGGUCAUUCUCUGUUGACUUCUCUCAUCAACAAGGCAUUUCCGUUCACAGAACUGCCACUAACUGUUUUUUGUUUUUGGCACCAUUCUGAGUAAAUUCUAGAAACAGUUGUGUGUGAAAAUCCCAGGAGAUCAGCAGUUACAGAAAUACUCAAACCAGCCCACGUGGAAUCAACAAUCAUCCAUGUGAUUAUCUAAUCAGCCAAUCAUAUGACAGCAGUACAUUACAUAAAAUCAAGCAGAUACGGGUCAGGAGCUUCAGUUAAUGUUCACAUUAACCAUCAGAAUGGGGAUAAAAUUUGAUCUUAGUGAUUUGGAGUGUGGCAUGAAUGUUGGUGCCAGAUGGGCUGGUUUGAGUAUUUCUGUAACUGCUGAUCUCCUGGGAUUCUUGUUGAUAAGUUGUACCAGAGAUCUGGUUCGAACUGAUGAAGUCUAUGGUAACUCAGAUAACCAGUCUGUACAAUUGUGGGAGAAGAAUAUCAUCUCAAAAUGCUAUUCUGAGAUGCGGGGUUGGCACUGUUUUGGCGGCACGAGGGGGACCUACAUAAUAUAAGGCAGGUGGUUUUAAUGUUGUGGCUGAUCAGUGUACAUGUUUAUAGAUGCCAAAUUAGCUUCACCUCGUGCAUCCUUAGAGAGUUAUAUAAAGUGAGAACAUGCCUGUUGUUGGAUUCCAUAUAUCACAGAGUUGGACAGAACAAAGGAAUAUAUUAACACUGUACCGACAAAUAGGAGAUUUGUAGUGAGUUGUGUAUCUCUUUUAGCAUUUGACUUUGAACUUUGAUCAACUAGUUAUCUGAAGCCUCUUUUCUUGCUCUCAUUUUGUUUGGUGUCCUGAUGUGCAAUCAAAGGUUUUGUGCAUUCUCAAAAACAAGACACUUUUCAUUGUGGCACGCAAAUUUAUCAUCUCUAAUAAAUGAUUCAGAGCAGUCCAAAAGUCUGAGACCACAUUAAAAUGUUGUGAUUGAAAAUCUAAUUUACACCUGGAAAUAAAAAAAAGCUUAGGAUUUAAAACAAUGCAAUGUUAUGACAUACAAUUAAUAAUUAAGAUUCUGCACUUUUUUUUUACAGGCUACUAAUCAAAUAAGCACAUUUGUGGAAAAGUGAUUUUUGUUUUAUUAAAUUAGAAAAAUGCAAAAUAUGUAUUUUUUGUUUACUAUGGUCUCAAACUCUAGUGGCUAUAUACUUAAAAUACUUCUGAGAUUUCCCAUGAGUCUUGGAAUCCAAAUUCUGAUAUUUCAUAAUUUUAUGACAGCAAUAACAAAUUGGUUGUCCAAUCAGGCAGAUUUGUGUCAAGUGUGUCACCCUGUGUACACUCAAAAUAAUAUGUACAAAGAAGUUAAUGCCAAUUAAAUAAAGGAGUAUGCGCUUUAUGCAUCUAAAUAGAUAUUUGACAAUUUUAAUAUUUUUAAUACAUUUAUAAAUGACAUAGACAUUUAUAAUACUGGACACACGGAAGCGUAUAAAUAGCUAGACUCAAAAACAAAAGCUUUAUUUUUGCAGAGAACCAUGUUUAUUGAAAUAUAAGUGUACAGAUAUGUGAGAAUUAUCGAAUUUUAUUAAAGAACUAGUGAUCUGUCUAUUGCAUGUUCAGAUACUAAUUUCCAUUGAAACUAGAAGCUAUUUUCAAAAUAUUAUCAUUGAUCAUAUAAUAAAGGUUGUUAUUAGGUUUACAGAAUGUGUAUUGCUCUGCAAUGCUUUAAUCUGUAAAUAAUGAAAUAAUAAUAUAUAGUCACAUGAGAUGGUAAUCAGCUUCAACUUUAUAAAUGCAACAGAUGUGAAUAAUUGCUUUUAAAUUAUUAAAUAAAUGCUUUAUCUUCUCAGGAACCAGUCUAGCAUUUAUUUGAAUGUGCGCUUGUAUAUUUUGUUGUGUUUUACAGUCUCCUACAAAAUGUACUACAUACGUUGAACUUGAACUACUGUAUGAGCUUUCCUUGGAUAUGGAGACUCAGGAAUUUAGUAUUCAGAUGGGUGAAACAAUACGUUUUAAGAACAUGGAGGAAUCAUUCAUAUUUUUUAAAAUGUAGUAUAUAAUUCAGGAAUUCAAUGAAUAUGUUAAGAAAUAUCAUACUAUCCCUAACCCUAAAUAUAUGCAGUAUACAUUUUUCAGCAGUUUAAAACACCCCUUUUAGGGCAGAAGAAAAUCUGGAUGUUUUUUACUGCAUGUGAACUACAAUGUUCAGAAUGGAAUACUAGCAUUCUGCUCUGUGAACUGUAUACAGUCUACCAUUUGUUUUUAAAUAUGAUGUGAAACAGU